UCGUCUCCCUGUAUAUUAUAAUCUUCCCAAACCAAGUUGGCGUUGCUCACCAAACCUGAUUUUAUCUUCUACUUUUACACACAACCCGUUUCGUCUCAUCUAACAGAACAGAGUUUUAACAGCUUCCCCUUGUUUGUGUGAUGGAAAUGGAGAACAAGACCAGCAAUACUGGAACCGAAGAUGGUCCAAAACAUAGCCAAGUGGUGAAGAUAAAGAAAGAAUUCGAAAAGAUAAGGCAACCAUCGCUGCAGCAACCGGAGAUGAGAAGGGUCCUCGCCGAGAUCAAGAGACGUCAACGUUCACGUUCACCUCUCGGCUUAGGAGAAAGAUCUAUUCCCGUUGGCAAUUGAUGAUCCCAUCUUUACCUUUGUAAUCGAGACAGAGAUAGUAGUAGUAGUAGAAGAAGAACCUCCUUACGAGAGAGAUUCUUAAUACUUAGUGUCUUGCAGCCUUUGUUGUAUAUAUGAUAUGACUCUGUAGUAUUAUGUCUUCAUGUAAAUACUCUUUGGUUAUGAAUAUGAUCUAUGAAUCUCCCUUCUCUGCA